AUGGAUCCAGCUGCCGAGAAAGCGUUCGAAAGCCUAAUUCAAGAUCAAGAGAGCGUAGAAGUGAUCUUUGGGAAAGCGAAAGAGAUGAUCUGGAAUGAUUUUGCGAAGGGGGCCGGUGAGGCAAUGAUGUUUAAGUUACUCGAGCCCUUUGCUGGUCUUGGAGAGCUCGAAAACUGCAUCAAGAUCCUUCUAGGGAUGCUUAAUGAAGAAGCAGCAGUUCUUAGGAAUACUGGACAAACAAAUACACUGCAGUCACUGGCGGUGGAGAUUCGCAGGGACAUUUGUAUUAUCCCAAAGGGUGUGGAAACCAAUGAUAAUUUUGUCGUGGUGGAGUUUGUCAAACGCGAAAAGAGAAUAAGGGUUAUAUUUGAUCUUACCCGUGUCAACGACCUCUUCUUUGACUUAAAUGUGCAUACUGAGGCUAUUGUAGUACUCGAAGAGUACGUCGCUUCAUUUUAUCGCGAACUUGAUACAACAACCAAGAGACAUGUGCGGGCUCAGCAUGGUCGCUUUGAGCUCCGGUAUAAUUCAAUGCCAAGGGAAGUUAGGCUCGAACAAUGCAGGAUAGCAUACAAGAUGGGGAUGCUGUUGGUUUUCGAGAAUAUUUUCGCACAGCAACUCGCGGAAGAAGAAGCCGGGAUUGAUGUUCCCGAGGAUAUUGAGGAUGAGAGUUUUAUAGAUGAAGAAGAGAUUUACGGCAUGGAUAUCCAGAAUAAUGCUGAUGGAGUUAGUGAGGAUGAUUUAGUUGAUAUGGAAAAUCCUAAUAUUGAAAUGGCAGGUUGGAUAUCGUUACCUUUCUUUAACGAAGACGAUUGCUUUUCGUCAAUUUACCAAAUGGACGACAAUCAAUUUCAUUUACCAUCUACUCAUACUGCUGCUGUUGGUACCGAUGAAGCUUCAGAAACAAACUACUUUGAGGCAUUAUUCAGGGACGAUGAGAGCUUGUCUUCACAGUAUGAGGAUGAUGAGGAUGAUGAUGAUGAUGAUGAUGAUGAUGAAGAAGAAAUCGCCGAAAGUACCCAAGCGCACAUCAACAGCGACGACUCCAUUCUCCACGUCGAUGUUUGGCUUGAGGAGUCCCAGAGUUCUCUUUCACAUGCAUUCCCGUGGCUGGCGGACUUGCAAGAUUAA